AUGUUCCCAGGGACUCCAAGGCGAAAUCACCGCUGGGUGUUAUUUCUCACGCUCAUCAAGCGAGGGAGACAUCAGGCAGCCUCUGUUGACAAAUUCACCACCGACUAUUACCUCCCAGACGGCUCUUAUGGCUCGAUCAUAUCGGGAAACUAUACCACUCCGGAUGGUGGUCAAGCCAACCUGAUCACAGGAGACUAUCAGUUGGCGAAUGGACAGAGGGGGAACAUCUACCGAGCAGACAGCCUGGAUGAGCCGAAUACUCCCAGCUUGCCAAUCCCAACACCGUGGACCAGUAGUGGAGUUGGUUCCGCCAUACCAGCAAGCCAAGUUGGAUCUCAAGCAUUCGCCAAUACGUCUGCGACGCCAUCCUGGCCCAUUCUCACAACCACAGGUGUGACGAGCACGGGUACCUUGUUGACAUCUCUUACGAACGCUUCCGCUACCCGUGCUGCCAGCAGUCUUGUGCAUAAUAUCACGGUUCUCUCUGGAGGUCCAACCGUCGCGACUUCGAGUAGCACGCCGGCAGCGAGCAGCACUGGACCACCACAGCCAGAGAUCACGCCUCCGAUACCCAGCGCAGCGGUGAUGUGGAAAUGUGGUGGAAUAUAUAGCUUAUGGUUGCUGGCAGUGGUUUCACACAUGGUGAUGAUUUGA